UGCCUACAAUUUGAAAGCAGGACCUAGUAGAACAGUUGGACUUUUCCUUCAAGGAGGCAAAGAUUGGAGCCCCACACUGUACAUUAGGCUUGUCCAGGAUUACGGUCUUGAAAGUGAGGCGGCACAGCAUCUUGCUGCUACUUAUGGCGACAAGGCUUUUGAAGUGGCCAAAAUGGCAAGUGUGACUGGAAAAAGGUGGCCUAUUGUUGGAGUACGACUUGUAUCAGAAUUUCCGUAUACUGAAGGAGAGGUGAAAUAUGGAAUUAAGGAGUAUGCCUGCACGGCUGUGGACAUGAUUUCACACCACACUUGCCUGGCUUUUCUCAAUGUCCAGGCUGCAGAAGAAGCCCUACCCAGGAUUGUUGAACUGAUGGGCAGAGAACUGAAUUGGGAUGAGAAGAAGAAAGAGAAAGAACUUGAAACAGCCAGAAGGUUUCUUUACUAUGAAAUGGGCUAUAAAUCUCGAUCGGAACAGUUAACAGAUCGCUCUGAAAUUAGCCUACUACCUUCAGACAUUGACAGGUACAAGAAGAGAUUCCAUAAGUUUGAUGCAGACCAAAAAGGCUUUAUUACCAUUGUUGAUGUUCAGCGUGUAUUGGACAGUAUCAAUGUGCAAAUGGAUGAAAAUACAUUACAUGAAAUUCUGAAUGAAGUAGAUUUGAACAAAAAUGGGGAGGUUGAGCUCAAUGAGUUUUUGCAGCUGAUGAGUGCUAUUCAGAAAGGAAGGGUAUCUGGAAGCCGGCUUGCUAUUCUAAUGAAAACUGCAGAAGAGAACCUUGACUGAAGAGUUCCGAUUCCUGUGGACCACAGUUGUGGAGGAUUGUGAGUCUGACCAGUAAAUCUACUGCCAACAAAAUUAGGAACAACAAAUCACCAUAUAACAACCAGAGAGGUCUUAAACCACUCUAAAAUAGUGGCUAUGGUAGCUGCUAUUUUUUUUUAAACACUGGAAAACAUUCCAAAACGUUAGGAUGUUGGUAUAUUUACCAGCCUAACUGAAUGAAAGUUUAUUUGUAUGUACCAUUCAAUCUGGCUUCUAAAAAGCGUACUUUCUCAUUUUCAAUGCACAUUGAUUUCAUGUUUUACAUCCAUUUUGUGACCUGUUAGACUUGACACUCUCCCCUUCUGAUUUUUCAUGUAUUCUAAAUCAGUUCUAGAAGCAGAAUCUUUUGGCAGAAAUUGAAGAAAAUAGCUGGAAAAAUUUUGUGACAUACAUAAAAUUCUGAACAUUGAGUUUGUGGAUACCAUUUGUUCUUAAAAAGAGUGACCUAUUGAAAUGAUACCCCCUUUCUUCUUCCAGCUUGUCUAACU